AUGUGGGUAACAGACAGUUCAAUUUAAUAAAACAGAGACGAAUAGUCAAAUAACAAGGUUGUUCUAAUGUGGGAUCUCCUAAAAGAACUAAGAAAGCAAUAUCAAAAUAUAGCAGACAUUUUGAGUGAUAUUGAGGAAUUAAAAGACUCAGAAAAUCAAAAUAUGAACGGAUUUCAAUUCGAACAGAAAAAUGCUGAGUUUUUAAACAAGGAGAUAUCGUUCUUCAUUGAUAAUCUUAGAAGGGUAAUUUAAAAUAUAUUUUAAAUUCAUUAGAAAGCAAUCGACUCUGGAUUAAAUGAAGACUCUCUCAUGCCAAUUAAUGAUCAGAGAGACAAACAAAUUUGUAAUUAAUAAUUUAUGUAAUAAGUUGUCUUAGAUGAGUACAUUAGAAACUAAUCAAGACCAUAGUCAGCUGUAUCCUAAUCAACAAGACCUGGAAGUUCAAUGCCUAAAGGUACCGAGGCAAGUAUGAGAGGUUCCUUUUAUAGCACAUCAGGAGGCAAUAAAUUCGGAGAAUUGUAAAACAAAGAAACAAAAGUAGUUGAAUCAUUCAAACUUUCAAACAUUCUUGAGUUUAAUGAAGAAGAGAAGAAGAUCCUUGCUUAAAUCAAAAAGAUAAUCAAUGAGGAAUGCGACAAGCUUUAGGAGGAUAUAGAUGAGAUUCAAAAUUAGUUGCUGCAAAGCUCGAAAAAUCAAACUCCGAGGGCACCUAAUCAAAAAGAACUGAAAGAUUUUUCUGUCAAAUUAUAGGAAGAACUUCUUAGGAGUGAUCAGAUUUUAAAAGUAGCUAAUCCUGUCACAUCGUCAAAUAGAAAAUAAAGUCUUCCAAAAAUAGGAGGUGUCAACUUGGGAUCAACAAAUAUGAAUAUGAGCUAGAUAUCCUUUAAAAAGACAGGUUUAAAUUUCAAUAAUCCAGGAGGAAUUAAUAUCAACUAGACGCCACAAAUGACUUCAAAUUUAGACAACAUAAAAAAUAUUAUUCCCAAAAAGGGACCAAUUAAAUUAACAGCAGGAAGCAUUAAGUAAUUAGACAGCACAAAUAUCAUGAAUCAAAGUAAUGCCUUUAAGUAAAGUAAUGGAUUCUCUAGUACAUCUUCUUCUUUUAACAUGUUUGAUUGUACAUCUGAAGCUGAUGUCAAUUAAACUCCAGCUCAAACGAAUCCUAUAAAGAAAUUUUCAUUAAGCAAAAUAAAGAAUACAACUUCAAGCAAAGUUUAACUAUAGCAAAUGACUUAAGAUCCAAAUCUGAUGAAUUAAAAUAAUGGUAGCACUGGUAUAUCAAACUCCUUAAAAGAGAGAAUAAAUUCAUCAGUCACAAAAUAAAGAGAUCCUUCAAUAUCUAAGAUGAACACAACAGGAUCAGCAAAUAACUUUGGUAGUGGGCCAAGUGCUCCAAAAACUAUAAUCUAAAUGAGUAAAAUAAAAAAAGUGAAGACUUAGGUACCAAAAUAAAAAUAAGAGCUUUAUGGUCUUGAUAUUGAUUUCUUAGAAGAGUUAGGCUUGGGCGGUGUAGUAUAAGAACUACAAAAUCAGUAGCCAAAUAUUCAGAGUAUCAAAUAAAAAGAGGAUAAAUGUUCAAAGAUUAAUAAUAUGGAUAUGCAAUAACUACAUGAAGAAUAUGAUAUUAAGAGAUCUGCUCCUAAAAAAUUAAGAGGCAUGUGCAAAGAUUACAGAGCAGAUUAGAUAGAAAUACUUGACUAGUCUCAAUGA